AUGACGCAGCCGCGGAGCCCCCAGCCCCCUGCUCCCUACCCGGAGGAGGUGCCCCGCACCCCGCUGCGCACCCGCUUCGACCUGGAUGGUGGCCGAGCCCUGGAGCUGGGCAGGUUUUACCAGCUGGCCCAGCAGCACCGCGAGUUUUACCAGGACAAGACUGGGACGCUUUACCCCGUCCCCUACUUUGUGCUGCCCGUGAAGGAGAAGGAGAGAGACCCGCACCCGCUGAACCUCCCCCCGCUCAGCGGGAAGACGCGGUGGCAUUUGCUGCGCGUGUCCCCGGAGAACCUGCGGACCUACCAGACCUUCCCCUCGGGCAAGAGGGUCACCUCCGAGGAGAGGGAGGUCCGCGACAGCUUCUUCGAGUACCGAGCGUGA